GUCAGGCGCAGUUGAAAUUAUAUCUGAUCAUCAUCUGCAGUUACCACAAAUUUUGCAAUUCUGCAUUCUUGUAUAUUUAAUGUAAUGAUUUUUAUCAAAGUUGUCUGUGAUUCUAUGAAACUGUGUGUGGACUACAAGUGUCGGCUACUUACAACAAAUAAUACGUAAAUCCAUAAACGUAUGGAAAGUGUACUAAUGAAGUGAGAGACAAAACCAUUUGCGAGCAUACAUUUUUAUGGAAACUCAUAUCCAUAAAAUGACAGAAAACGGCUCUAGGAAAAGAGAGUCUUCGAAAAAAGUGAAAAUUCCGAAUGCUGACUCCGCCCCAAUAAGCAAAAUCGACGAUUUUUGUUUAGACUACAUUUUUCAGUUUCUCAACAUUUGUGAGAGGGUGCAAAUAGAAAGGGUUUGUAAACGAUGGCAGUAUGUGAGCAGACGAUCAUGGUACACUUUUAAAAAAUUAGAUUACUCUCCAAACAGAGGCUGGCCAAGGAGAAACAUGGCAGUUCAACUUUUAGACCAAGAAGUAAUUCAGCCUGUUUUGGAGCGAUGUGGACGAUUUUUACAGUCUUUAAAUUUGUCCGUGGAAGGCAUAAGAAAAAUAUAUCGUUCCGAAAAUAUAGUCGUUGUUAUCGCAGCAAAUUGCCAGAAACUAAAAGUUCUCGACAUGUCCGUCCUGAGUGUUCCCGCCGAGGCAUUUACAUUUUUGAUUCCUUGCUGCAGGAAUUUGAGAAAAUUGGUGUUCAGUAUUGAAGGAGAGUCCAAGGCUUGUGAAGAAACAAUCAUUAAAUUAUUGAAAAAGGCAAAAAAGCUUAAACAUUUUAGCACCGACUUCAAUUCCAUUCAUCUCGACUCAUUCCCUGCUGAUACUAUCGAGGAAAUUAUUCUUAACCAAUCCAUCAUUCGGAUAUCAGAGUUAAAAACUUUCAGCCAGUUGCACACGCUCAUUUUAAACAAAUGCAAAAGUAUCAAUAACUACUAUCUCGAUUUGAUAUGUUCGCAAAUGAAGAACUUGAGAGUUUUCAAGAUGUUCGAACUGAAAAGUGUCGAGGGUGACAUGGCUCUUUCCAGCGAGGGACUGGAAAAUAUAGGAAAGCUACAAAAUCUUGAAAAACUCGAUGUUCGAGGGAAUUACAAUAUUCUCACGGACGAAGUGAUGGCGGAAAUAGCCAAGAGAUGUAAAAAAAUUGCUUUCCUCAACAUUUCCCAUAACUACAAAUUAACAGACAAAGUACUUGACGCCCUAUCAAAUCUAAAACAACUACAGUGCCUGAUAAUGAAUUCAAACGAAGUGACGGGAGAAAAUUUAUGGAGACUCUAUUCCCUCGAGAAGUUGGAGUGUAAAUGGUGUCGAAAAUUAAAGACUGAAAACCUGAUUUUGUUGGUGGAAAUUUCAACAAAUCUGAAAUUUCUCAAUUGUUUUGGCUGCUGUAGUAUCAACAACGAUUUUCUACAAGCUGCCGCAUAUGCGACUGCGGGCCGAGUGAAUGAAACAGUUUUAGAAAUGUGUACUUUAGAAACUUCCAUGGACAUUGACAACUUUCAAAAUAGAUCGCCGCUUUUAAGAAUAGAUAAUUCGCCAGCAUUUUUCGAGCAGGAUCUUAUGAUUGAUUUCCAGUCGGAAGUUAUUGACUGCAAGGAUCACGAAUCGGACAAUGAUUCGGAUUCUGACGAGUAUUACGAAUUAGAAAGUUGAUGAUUCUGAUUAUUAAUUUUAAGCCAAGUACCUUCGUCAAUUCCUUUAUGUAUGUGAUUACGCCAUGAAACGCAAGACUUUUUUUAUUUUUUUAUUUUUUAUUUAAGACUUUCAACGUUUUCGUUAUCUUACGCUAGACAUUUUUAUGCAUGCAUUUCUAAUUUUAAAAAAAACAAGAACAUUACCAAAAACAGGAGUAUUAUUCAUUUGAUGUAUUUAGAAAAUCCAAUUCUUGUAGAUUUUAUUUGUAGAGUUGUAUUUAAAAAUUUUAGGCUUCAGGAAGUUAUUAAAAAAAGG